AUGCCAGGUAUCCUGAGGCGCCUGCACCUCAUUCGGACACCGGAAAUACUACGAAUGUCUAAACGUCCGAAGGCGACCCCAAGCCAGCCGGUAGUCAGAACGGGAGCCCUAACCAACAUAGUUCAGAAGGAAUAUCGUACUCGAUUGUCUUCGAAAAAGAGGAGUUCCCCACCCACUAGCUGCUAUGUGGACCGAAUCACUCAGCAGUUAACACGCACUGAACACUUCCGCCAGUUGUCGCAAGCAAACUAUGAAGUGACGUAG